UCGAACUCGUAGGGGGAAGAGUAUUUACGCCGCGAAAUACUCUCGGGUAGGGUGACUUCACGUCGUCGGCGGGUGAGUCAUCUGAGUCGGUGUAGGAUGAAUUCUUCGCCGGGAAUCAUCCGAGUAGUUUUUCGUAAAGCCCCGGACGUGUGCUGUGCCAGGCGCGUGUCUAGGAUAAGCUGCUCUCGAUCGGCACACGGACGGGCAAAGAGGUGAGGGCCUCGAGCCAAACCAAGCGGAGCCAAGACCUCGAGUCGCUAGAGGAGAGGUCGUUGGUCUCUUGCAGUGGUCUCGAACAGAGGCGGAGCGCACGAUUUUCGUGGGAACCAAGCUAGUCUCGAGUUGCGAGUAAAGGCCGGAUCUCGAGUCGUUAGAGGAGAGGUCCUUAGUCUUGAAUCGUAACGAGAGGCAGGGUAUAUAUGCUGGAGUUUGACUCGAACUGGAGUUUGCCGAAGAGCGCUUAAGCGCGGACUUGGUCUCCCAUCUUGGGUACAGCCUUCGUUGCAGGUCCGGAUGGGAAUUAUGGCCAGAGGCCCCAGGUGGAUUUUAUGGCGUAGGGGUACUUAGUAUCAUGAGUCGUCCAAUUGCACCCAUGGACCCAGAGUAGCAUACUGGGGAGACUCGGUCGCUCGCCGUGCCUUGGAAUGCAAUCCGUAAAAAGGAUUUACCACCUGGGUGAUCAACCCAUGGUGGGACAACCAGUGUUCCAAGCUUUAUAAGGACAAAUCAAAAGCAUUCAAAGAUUUUAGAAAACAUGGAACCCUCGAUCAUUUUCAAGCAUAUCAGUCCCUUGAAAAUCAAUUCAAAAAAUUGAUCAAAGGGAAAAAACUAGCACAUUGGCGUACAUUCGUGGAGGGUUUAUCACGAGAAACGUCCUUGAAUACCUUGUGGAAAGUAGCACGAAACAUGCGUAAUCGAUCUUCAACAAAUGAAAGUGAGGAACAUUCACAUAGAUGGAUAUUCAACUUUGCACGGAAAGUCUGCCCCGAUUCCACACCGAACCAAAAAAUUGUCCGGAAUGUGUCCUUAGACAGGUGCAAUCUGGAUUCCAGCUUUUCGAUGGUCGAAUUCUCACUUGCCCUCCUCUCUUGCAACAAUUCAGCUCCGGGAAUUGAUAAAAUCAAGUUUAACUUGUUGAAAAACCUUCCGGAUGCCGCCAAAUUUCGCUUGUUAAAUUUAUUUAAUCAAUUCUUGGAGCACAACAUUGUUCCCCAAGAGUGGAGACAAGUGAGAGUCAUUGCUAUCCUAAAGCCCGGAAAACCAGCGUCUGAUCCCAAUUCGUACCGUCCAAUAGCGAUGUUGUCUUGUAUACGCAAAUUGAUGGAGAAAAUGAUCUUGUUUCGUUUGGAUAAAAGGGUAGAAACAAAUGGUCUCCUUUCAGAUACUCAAUUUGGGUUUCGAAGGGGCAAAGGGACAAACGAUUGCCUUGCUUUGCUGUCUUCAGAGAUACAAAUGGCGUACGCAAAACGUGAGCAAAUGGCUUCAGUGUUUCUAGACAUAAAGGGAGCUUUUGAUGCAGUCUCAAUAGAGGUUUUAUCAGACAAGUUGCACUCCCGGGGUCUACCUCCACUAUUGAACAACAUCUUAUACAGCUUGCUUUGUGAGAAACAUCUGAACUUUGCUCACGGAGAUAUAGCAGUUAGAAGAAUCUCUUAUAUGGGCUUCCCGCAGGGUUCAUGUUUGAGUCCACUUUUGUACAACUUUUACGUAAGUGAUAUCGACAGUUGUCUCUCUGAUGGCUGCACUCUAAGAUAACUUGCAGAUGACGGCGUGGUGUCUGUCACAGGAUCUACUGAGUCUCAUCUGCACAGACCUUUACAAGAUACUUUAGACAGAUUGUCUUCCUGGGCUUAGAAAACGGAGAUGGUAGUUUUCUCUAAGAAACAUAGACCUGCUCAACCUAAGCUUCAACUCCUAGGCAGAACGAUCACUCAAUCGAGGUGUUUUAAGUAUCUUGGGGUUUGGUUUGAUUCCAAAUGUACAUGGAGAGCCCAUAUUGAGUAUCUGAAAGGAAAAUGCCAACAAAGAAUCAAUUUUCUCCGAUCAAUCACUGGCACCUGGUGGGGAGCCCAUCCAGAAGAUCUUUUAAAAUUGUAUCGAACAACCAUUCUCUCAGUGAUGGAAUAUGGUAGCUUCUGCUUCCAGUCAGCUGCCAAAUCUCACCUCAUCAAACUCGAGCGUAUCCAAUACCGCUGCCUCCGCAUCGCUCUGGGCCGUAUGCCCUCUACGCAUAACAUGAGUCUCGAAGUUUUGGCAGGAAUACUUCCUCUUAAAGAUCGAUUCAAUUUACUAUCACUCCGGUUCCUCAUCAGGUGUGAGGUCAUGAACCCAUUGGUGAUUGUGAAUUUCGAAAGGUUACUUGAGCAAAAUCUUCAUACUAGAUUUAUGUCUAUAUACCAUGUCCUCAUGUCAAUGCAGGUAAACCCUUCUUCGUAUUCUCCAACUCGUGUUUGUAGCCCAGACUACGAUCAUUUUUCUGUCCAGUUUGAUUUGUCUAUGCAGCAGGAAAUUCGUGGAAUCCCGGUCUCGCAUCGCCCUCUUCUGAUUCCAAAAAUUUUCGAAGCUAAAUAUAGACACGUCGAUGCUGAUAAAAUGUACUUUACCGAUGGAUCUCUUAUAGAGGAAACAACAGGAUUUGGAGUGUUCAACGAAAUAUCUAGCGCCUCUCACAGUCUUCAGCCACCAUGCUCUGUAUAUGUAGCGGAGUUAGCAGCUAUUCACUGGGCUUUGGACAGUAUCGCAUCACGGCCAGAUGGACACUACUAUAUUGUAACGGAUAGUCUGAGCUCUGUUGAAGCAAUCCAUUCGAUAAAACCGGGAAAGCACUCGCCGUACUGUAACCACUUGUUCCAAAUUUAACUUGUUGGCUUCGCCACAAUUAUUUUCAAAUUAGUUUUCAAAACCCAAUCUAGCUAGACUCGCGAUUUAUUUUCCUAUCACCAACAACCACCCUAAAACAAUCUACGACUAGUACAAGGCAUGGUGUUAGUAAACUUCUUUCAUGAGUGCCGGUUGUACCUUAUUUGACAUCAGCACUUUUCAGUUCUACGAGCUCUCGGUAACUGGGUUGAACUUCCCUAUUUAAGCCACCUGUCGGUCGCUAGCUGAAGCUGCUCAUGGAGAAAGUUGCUGCAUGGGUUGAACAGUAACGUCAGAUUUCGGGAAUUUUCUCUCUGUUCUCUUCUCACGAUUAAAAUUAGCUUCGGAAGUAUCAGUUCUGACAAUCUUAGUUCUUUCCGUUUGCAGCCUUUGGCGAAGAUAGUGCGCGAGUAGUGUCGGUUAAGAAGGUCUGAAAAGUGACCAUGUGUUUGGUGGAAGAUUUUAAUAAUUUCUCGGUUAUAUUUUAGGUUGAAAAUCGGUUACUAAAAGUACAGUUACAAACUAGUUCGUCUACAGUUAUACAAAACACAAAAAUAGUACGGUGUGUAGAUAUUACUCUAAAAAUGUGUAAAAUAUUAAAUUAUUAAAAAAUGUUCUACACUUAUAGUGGACGACAAAUAAUCUAUAUAACAGAAUCGUUAAAAUAAGUGAACACAAAAGCAAAAAAGAAAAAGGUCCAAUUAGGGCCUUUUUCGUUCUAUGUGCCAGUCUUUUAGACUGGAUAUCUUCUAACAGAACCGUAGUAACCUGGUCCUGCACAUCGAGCCGACGUAGUCUUCGCCAUUUCCGGUGCUGUCAAAAGGCACGUGUUUGACAACCACAACAACAAUCAUAUCUGCAACGGAAACCCAAGCCACCUUUGAACCGCCAACAGAAAUCACAGCCGUCAUUAACGAUUUCUGUUCUGGUUCAAUUCGGAAAUCCGUCAACAUUACGAAAGUGAGGUUAAGCCAGCACAAAAAGGUUGACCUCAAUCCCACCGCAUGCUAGGCCGGUGGUCCCCGAAGCCUGAAGAAGCCCUCAAUAAGUCGACAGAAAACGAACAAUACGCAAGUACAAAUGUGACGUCACAAACAUGAAUAUAUGUAACCGUAAAAUUUGUAAUAUAGGCCUAAUGUUUAAAAUUAAGUACCACUCGUAAAGCAUUACCUUAGAUCUGAAAUUAUAGCCCUGGGUUCUUGGAUUUUUCCACCAAUUUUUGAGCGUUCUAGUUUAACUCGAAAGGAAUUCACCCAAACCUUCCUCGCGAAACGCUCUUGCGUAAAGAUCGAAGAUUGUUGGAUAUUUUGCUUUGCAUUUCCUCUUAGUUACCGGAGGUUGAACACCUCUGAAAUUAUUUAAAUUGUACCACGUGAGAUCCCGUGUGGCGACCUAUGGACCGAUAGUGGAAACAGUUAGCGAAAGAUUUUGAUUUCCUAUCCCUCGGUUCCCUGCGCAUCGAGAUCUCGUUCAACCGUCAAGUUCUAUCAGAUAAGCGACCCUGUGGUAGCAUAGAUUCCCACCCAACCUACUUUCCCUUAUCCCGAGUGCUAGCGGGUAACAGUACUUCCUCGAGAAGAUACGAAAUAAUUUGAGUGCUUUAUCAAAACGUCGCUUUACCAUCACCUUUGUUUGGGUUCCCUCUCAUUGCUCGAUAGUGAGCAAUGAGAAGGCAGACUCUCUGGCAAA